UCACUUUAUUUAUUCUUCAACAAGUGUGUAACAAAUCUUAGAUAAAUUUAAAUAAUACAAGUGAUUGUAAUGGAGGCAACAAAUAGCUAUAGCUACUUUACUAGGCCGAAUUACUCUCAUGUUGUAAUGAAUGGCUUCAUCGAAUCUGAUUCGUCGUUUGAGCUCGACGAAUCAGAUGUUUGGAACGUGUCCAUGUCGCCAGAGUUGCGUAAAACAAGUUCACAUAUCACGAAGAGUUCGUCGGUGAUGGCGGUGAAGCGAGGAACACCAGUGAGUGUUCCGGGCUGGUGUAAGAUAGUACAAGAGGAUUACAUAGAGAAUAGGAGGAGAUAUGGUGAUUAUAGUGAUAAUAAUUCUGUUGAAGAUCGGAUUCCGCCGCAUGAGUUUCUGGCGAGGAAGAGAAUGGCGUCGUUUUCGGUUCACGAAGGGAUGGGAAGGACUUUGAAAGGAAGAGAUUUGAGUAGAGUUAGAAAUGCAAUUUGGGAGAAAACUGGGUUUGAAGAUUGAUACUUUGUUCGUUAAGGAAGAGAUGCUUUUGUACAAGUUUUGAUUUGAUGGGGAUAUAUGUGAUAUUAUGUGUUCAUUGAUUAUCAACAUAGUAUGUUGUCCAACUAUAUUUUAACGAGACGUGAUUUACGAAUAAUGUAACGAAUAAAGUUGAAGUUAAUAAGUCUUAAA